GACACGUAUCUAAGGGCGCUGCCUCAGCACCUGCGCAAUCUACUGCUCCUUCCCUACUAACCAUGGCACCGCUGCAUUUCCUCAUCCUGCUCGCCAUCGUCUCCUCAUUUGCCGAGGCCGGUGACGACGGUAAUUUCUCUGCCACUGCACUGUCGAUGUUACCGGGAGCCUUCAUGCCCGUUGGACCAUAUUACUGCUCUACUACGGGAAACUACACCCUUAAGAGCCCGUACCAGGUGAACCUCGGCAAACUCUUGGAGGACCUCCAGUCGGGUGCCAUCGCCAACCGCGCCGGCUUCAAUUACGGUGUUGCCGGUGAGGCGCCCGAUGCUGUGUUUGGUCUCACUAUGUGCUACGCCGACCUUAACUGGACCCAGUGCCAGAACUGCCUCCAAGCGGCGACCACUGGAGAGCUGAUUUGCCCAUUCAGCCGGGAGAUGAAGGCCCGCGAAGACGCGUGCGUGCUCCGGUACUCCAACGAGUCGUUCUUCUCCGUCGCCGAUGUGAUAUCAGCGUUCCACUUCUCGGAUAUUAGUAACUCCGUCACCAACGUGGCCGGCGUGAACGCCACGCUGUGGAGUCUGAUGCCCCGGCUAGCGGCGGAGGCUGCCGUCUCCGAGCUACGGCUGGCGAAAGGGAGCCAGGUGUCCAAGGGAUCGAAAGGCAUCUCGCAGGUGAUUUACGGGCUGGCACAGUGCACCAGGGACCUUAACGCCAGCGAGUGCAGCAGGUGCCUCACCUACUUCGUCGAGGAGCUGUUAAGCAGCUCACUCUCGGUCAAGAUCAACUACGCCGUCAAGGGCUACAGCUGUAACGUGGCGUACAAGAUUGGGGAAGACUUCGAUAGCAUCAUUCGACCCAUGGCGCCGUCGACGAUUGCACAACCACCAUAUCCAUCGCCUCGCACCAGACUGACGUUGGGGAUAAUAGCCGGCGUGACAGGUGGUUCUAUAGCUUUCAUCAUCUCCACCGGCACCUUGGUUUGCAUCUUGUUCCGUCACCGCAGCAUAAAGGCAAGAGAGCGAGAAGUAGAUGUGUCUGACGAUGAUCCUCUGGAAGAUAACACGUUCGAGAAAGAAACAGGACCGAGACGAUUCCGAUAUAGGGAGCUGGCUACCGCAGCCGGCUUCUUCUCCGAUAAGGAGAAGCUUGGAGAAGGCGGUUUCGGGUCGGUGUAUAAAGGAUACUUAAAAGAUAUGGACCUUCCGGUUGCCAUAAAAAGAGUAUCCAAGAGCUCCCGGCAGGGGAGAAAGGAGUACAUUUCUGAGGUGAAGAUCAUAAGCCGUCUGAGGCAUCGCAAUCUGGUGCAGCUUAUAGGCUGGUGUCAUGGUGGCGGUGAGCUCUUGCUUGUCUAUGAGCUCAUGCCCAAUGGAAGUCUUAACUCUCAUAUUCAUAGCCAGAACAAUGUGUUAUCGUGGCAACUCAGGCAUGACAUCGUGCUUGGAAUCGGAUCCGCACUUGUGUACCUGCACCAGGAUUGGGAGCAGUGCGUUUUGCACCGUGACAUCAAACCGAGCAAUAUCUUGCUUGACGCCUCCUUCAACGCCAAGCUUGGCGAUUUCGGGCUCGCGAGGAUGGUUGACCACGAACGACAAUCUCACACAACUGCCCUUGCCGGCACUAUGGGGUACAUGGACCCAGAAUGCAUGCUAAGUGGUAGUGCCAGCACCACAUCCGAUGUCUAUAGCUUUGGUGUCGUCCUCCUUGAGAUUUGUUGCGGCCGACAGCCGAUCGUUGUAGUACAAGACAACGGAGAAUACACCACCAUGCACCUGGUGCAGUGGGUAUGGGAAUGUUAUGGUCGUGGAAGGAUCAUCGACGCCGCCGAUGCACGGUUGAAUGGUGAAUUUGAUGGUGAUGAGAUGGAGCGUGUUAUGAUCAUGGCUCUCUGGUGCGCGCAUCCCGACCGCACCCUGAGGCCAUCCAUCAGGCAAGUGAUUGGCGUGCUCCGGAUGGAGGCACCCCUGCCGAGCCUCCCCACCAACAUGCCGGUGGCGACAUUCAUGCCUCCGAUGCAUCACCUACAGCGCGAAUCUAGGGCCACGACGGGCUGCAGUAGUGGCAGCGCAGGCACCAAACAUUCAAGCAUCACGACCAAGACAUCUUCCUUGCCGAGAUGACAAAUCCACCGAUAUUGAACAAAGCUAACUAAAUAUUUAGGGUAUUACUUUGGUAACUCCAGGAUUAUUAGCAGCAUGUAAGACCACUCCCAAUAGGAGUUUCGUUAUUAUUUAAUAUGGUGACACAUAAGCAAUUUGGAUGAUAUGAUUACACAUGAAAAGCAGAGAUCAAUAGAAGUAGUUUUAUCUAUAUGAAACUCCAUAUAUUCACUCAGUGGCGGACCCAGCAACUUCGAUGAGCCUAGGCGCCCCCACUCUACAUCUCUACAUAUGGUGUUAUCUAACGAUUAGAUAUUGAAGAAGUUAAUGGAGUUAGCGGACAGAGAGCCUAGGCUGGUGCCUAGGGUUGUCGGGCCCUGGGUCCGCCCCUGUAUUCACUAUUGUUUCCAUGUUAUUAGAAUGUGUCUUAUAAUUAAAUGCAACAUGCACAUAUGAAAUAUAUACCAAAAUUGAAACUAUGCAUUUUAGGGGGGUGUUUCAACAUCAAUACAUUGUUAUUUGUUGACAUGGAAUUCUUGAAAAUAUCGACACGAAACUGGCCAUUAGAGUUGGCCUAAAGCAUUUAGUUUGCUACUUUCUACCGAAGAUUUAUGGGGAAGAUUGAAGCACUAUAUGUGGGACAGGUAGUCGCAAAAUUACUCAUAGCACUAUUGUACUGCAUAACAUAAGUAGGAAGGUUCAUUAUAAAGUUCCGAGAGAGAAUAGCCAUCAAGUUCCUGCAAUGUUGAGCAACGACAAGUGAUCUUGGAAACAAAGCAUAAGAAUUACUCUCUUCAUUUCAAAUUGUAGUUCGUUUUGACAAAUUAAGAUACAUAAAGUUUGCUAUGCAUGUGGACACAAUGCAUAUAUCUAGAUAUGCCUAGCAAAAUCUAUGUAUCUAGAUUUGCCAAAAUAAUCUAUAAUUUGGAACAGAUGGAGUAUCAACUCAGGGAUUCCGGGAGUUAAUUGAUAGUAAGGCUCGGCAUAAUAAUCAAGGAUCUAAAUACCUUUUUCUUCAAAUUUAAUUGUGCUUAACUAUUGUGCACUGAUUUGAUUGAAAAAGUUGAGCCGCUAGCUGGGCUGCUCUGAAAUUGAUGGUAUAUAUGCUAACUAUUCUUUAUCUAUGUAAAACCUUAUAUUGUAUAAGAAAUGUGUAAUAAUCGAGUGUCCAAGAGUCCUACACAUUUAAUAAUUGCCUAGCCAACUAGUUUCUGCAUGUAAUUUGUUAGACUGUUGUGUAAUCGAGUGCCCAAAAGACAUUGCCGUUGGCCUUAGAUGCUAGUAUGGCUUGGUAACUUUUGUGUGUGUCGAUAGAAUUUGAACUCGUGGAGUGGUCGUGGUCGAAUGAUCACAACACAUGGGAUAUCCAAGAAAUAUUUGUGAACAAUAUUAUCCGCAUUUUAUUUGUCC